AUGAUGGAUCAUCAACAUCAACAUACAAACAGUGAUUCAAUGCUACGAGAUUAUGAGAGACAAUCAAAAAUGCGACGUCGUCAAAUAGAAUUAAAUUUUGAAAUGUUGUGUCAAAGUUUUGCAAGUCAAAUUGAAGAAUCCUUGUCUCGUUUACCUCAUCAAAUACGUCAACUGACACUCAAUCAAUUGAUUAAUCAAAAUUGCAAUAGUCUGGAUGAGAUGGAUGAUGGUUUUGAUGAAGUAUCAUCAUCAUCAUCAUCAGCAACAGCAACAGCAACAGCAGCUACUUGCAAUAAAGUAGAUUAUGUAGAUAUUCAACAAAAUAAUAAUAAUAAUAACAACAACAAUAAUAUUUGUACAUCAAAAAAUGCUAGUCGAAUAACUCGAAGCUUUAAACAAAAAAUAAAUAUGAAAACUCCAAUUUCAUCAUCAUCAUCAUUAAUAUUUAACAAUAUAACACCAAAAAUUAAACCCAAUACACAAUUAAAUAUGUUGAGACGUCCAAAAGAAGGUGAAAUGGUUGUCAGUAUGCAAGGAAGUCCAAUAUUGAUAUCAGGAAUUGUUAAAGCCAAAACUGCAAAUAUUAAUGUUCCACUUGGUAAUGGUGAAAUGAUGUCAUUGAUGCCACAUGAUGGUUUACGAUUGUCUCUAGUGCCACAUCUUGAUGAGGAAACAAUGAAACAAUUAAAAACUCUUAAACGACACAUUGAAAGUGUCAUUGGAAAUAAAUCAUGA